CCUAUACAAGCCAUCGAACGCCGGCAUGUCUGUGCAGCAUCUCCCCACACCGCACACACGAGACAAGACAAGGAGCAGAGUACCUACGCAACGCACGAUGGCACGCACCGGCGCCACGACGACAGCUGCCGCGGCGCUGCUCCUGCUGGCGCUGGUGGCCACCAGCGCCGCCGCGGUCGACGCGGCCGCUGGUGGCUACGAGAUGAAUGCUGCUGCCGCUGCCGGCGGUCGCCGCAGCGUCCGGGCCCAGCCGGCGGGGCUGACGCAGUGCAUGGGCGGGUGCGGGACGAAGGUCGCAUCGUGCCUCCUCGACUGCUACAACACGUCCACCGGAGGGACCAUGCCCAUCUGCUACCUCGGAUGCACCAACAACGCCGUCUUCUGCGCCACCGACUGCACCACCCAGGGGCUCUGAUCCCCAAUCAAUCCAUCGAUCAACCCAUCCGGCCAGCGAUGAACAAUAUAUAGCCUCAAUCUGUAUGACAUCAUAUAUAUGUAUCAACGCAUACGCACCGCAUGCAUAUAUAAUGCAUUCACGCGCAAUCAAGCAUACUGCAUAGACAUUCCACCCCGGCCCGGCCCCUCUCAGGUAUGAAUGAAUAAUAUCAGUUGUACUACUACGUUUCACUCGACCCGUUCCACUAGACGCACGCGAGCUUGUAUGCUCAAGUGAUGACUAGUGAAUAUACACAGCUUGCUAUUAUGUGCUUUACAUAAUGAUUCUAUCCCA